AUGUCUAUAACAGGCAUAGACGAAAAACAUACAGAUAUAGACGAAGUGAUGAAAGAACUAGAGAAGAAAUUAGGGAAAAUAAUAGACAUCAAAACAAAAGAUAAGAUACGAGGAAUAGUCAACAUGAGAAUAGUAAUGAGGAUAAAAUGCACGGAAGAAAAACUAAUGAAUACUUGGGGAAUUUUAGUAAAUGGAAGACUAAUCAAAGUAGCACCGGAGAACUACAAAAAUAACGUGAUUAACCAAUGGGGAAGAAUUAGUGCAAACAUAAUCGACAUCCCAUUUGAAAUCGAUGAAACAGAAUUCACCAAACAAUUGAAGGACGCAGGAGCAAGAUAUUGGUAUAAGCUUAACGAUAACAAAAACGGAACAUACAAACUCAUCACGUAUUUUAACAAUAAAGAAGAAAGAAAAAGAGCCACUAGCAAGAAAAUAAAAAUAGGAGAACAAAUAUUUACGUGGUUUUUUUGGACCGAUGACGGAAGAAAUGACAAUUUUUGA